AUGGCUUCCACUACUACCACCACACCGACGGAACCAACGGACACGGAUAUCAACCCCGAUACUAGUACUCCCACCGCCAGCAGCUCGACAGGGACGGUUAAGCAAUCAGUCACUCCUUCUACUGGAGGAGGAGCGAUUGCUUCCCAACAGGUUGAUGGUCAGGCAGAGUCGAACGGACAUGGUCACCACCGUAGGCGCAAGGCUCAAUUCGAGGUCGGAGACGAUAUCGUCCAAGUAGAGGCAGAGGAGGAUAAUAAUCAGGUCAGAGAUAGCUCCAACAACAACUAUCACCGACAGCAACAUCAAGAGCUAACAGCCGAUCCGGAGACCGCAGGAGAAGAGACCGAGGGUGAUGACGAAGCGGAACAAGUUGCCAUCUAUCAUCGCCAGCAGCAGCAGCAACAUCAACGCCAGCCUUCCCGUGGCUCUCAAGGUCACGACAGUCAACACCAUGCAGCAUCAACAGCAGCUCCGACGUCAUCGUCCACUGCUGCCUCAGCUGCUGUCCCUGUAGCAGUUGCUUCCAACGCUGAUUCGAGAGACGAGAGCGGAGCAAGAGGUUUAGACCGACAUGGACUUGCGGCAGCAUCUAGCAGGGAGGAAGAGUUGCUCGCAAAGACUUUGAUUGACUCUACUAUGGCACAAACGAUUCAAGACCUCUCUCUCCAAGCUGCCGGACAGGGCUCAUCGACCGUUAUCGUGGAGGAGGCUCAUCAGGAGCAGGAGCAGCGACAGCCUCAACAGCAGCAGGAACCAACAAGAGUCCGGGAACGGAGUCGGUCGAACCAAAGUCAAGGGGAGUCAAGACAGAGUGGAUCAACCCGACAUCAGGAACAGCAGCAAGCUGCAGCAACAGACGGACAGUCCAGUGAUCGCCAGCCAAUAUCACAGUCGACCCAUACUAGUACGAGUGAGCGCCGAGGUCAUGCGUUGGAAAAGAGCAAGAGCAACCCUCCCGAGGUAGUAUCGAACGGCAUUGGCAGCGGCGGCGAGGGAUCACAUUCUCACACGACACAUAAGGGUUCAGCUAGCAUCCACGAGUCGCAAAACCUAUCCGAGUCGCCCAAACCUAGACACCGUGCCCUCUCGAGGACCUCGCCAAAGUCCAAGCGCAUGUCCAUGCUUCUCGACCCAAGCUCCUCGACAACCACACUUCCUUCCCUUACAAAAGUCACAACCCACACUGUCAUGGCCAUCCCCCCUAAACAAGGUGCUGUUUCAGGAGACGCCUCCCCCUCGACUGUUUCGUCUGAGAGUUCUCGUGCUCAAGGAGGCCAGAGUGCGUCUGGAAAGCUGUCGGCAUCUUCACCCACGUUGCAGCCCUCCCCGGCAGUAGAGCUGGUUUCCAAAUUCCUCACUGGAGCUAAUGCUGCCACGUCGUCCUCCCACGCAGCCAACGAGGAUGACCAUCACCACCCCCAGACAGGUUCACCCGGCCAGAUUCGACGGUCACCCAAGAGUUUACAUGAUAAAUCGAACGCUACCUCACCCCAACAGCGCACCGGCUACACCUCCAAGUUUUACCCUGUCUCACCCUCCCAACCUCAAUUGAGUUCGUCAGCACCGAAAUCGACCACCACCUCCAAGAAUUUGAUACCCCCAACGAUUGUGACGACUUCAUCCUCGGACGAGAACUUGCCCGACAUGUCUUCUGCUACCCCUGCCCCUGCAUCGGCCACGGGACAGACCACAGGACCGUUUUUGACUGGGCUGGGCCCAGCCGCGACGGCAUCUGCGAUUGCAGCAGCUGCAGUGGCACAAUCAAACAUGGCUGGUGGUGGGUCCAAGACAGGAACACUCUCUCGAACUCAGCAAAAGUUGUGGUUGCAGAGAGAGAAUUUGCAGGAUGUGGAUGAGGACGAGAUGGUUCGCCGCGGGAGGAUGCAGAAGGAGAUGGACCGGAUUCAGCGCGAGUACAAGUGUGUUCGGACGACGCUUGAUCCUUCGAUGGAGAGUCUUUUGAGGUGUCUGGCGCGGAGUGGCAAGUCGCCCUUACAGUUCCAACAGCAGGUGGCAGCAGCAGCAGCAGCGGCGGCGUCGGCAUCGGCGUCGGCGGCCAACAAGGCCUCGGUCUCUCAACCCCAGUCUCCACACCCUUCGUCUCAGGGACAAUCUCCUGUGCUGGACCAGCAACAGCAUCGACCACUGCAGCAUCACCGUUCUCUUCAACAGCUGAGUGGUCAACAGGGACAGCAGCAACAGCAGCAGCGAAUGCAACAGUUACAGAAGCAGCAGCAGGGGCAGGUUGGGUUAGGGCUACAGAACGGUCCUGGAGGUGCUGGUCCUGCAGGUGGGGACUCUGGCAAGAUGACGCUUCGACAAAUUCAUCAGUUGCAGCAGUUGCACCACCAGCAGCAACAACAGCAACAACAACAGCAGCAGCAACCACAAAACCAUCGUCAACAGCACCAUGGGUAA